AGCGCUGUCGCUCUUUGUGGUCUUUCUUGUUCAAAAACACAGCGGUGCCUGCUUGUUCAACUCCUUGUGUCUACCUGUAACAAUGUUGAUAUUCAAGUUCAUAAUUGAGAGAUCAUUAUUUGGUUAAACUUUCCUAUAUGGCCUAUGAAGAGAGAUCCUUUCCUACUCUCUGAUUUUGGUGUGAAUAAGUUAGGGAUUGUCGAAACUUACCUUUGUCGUCUUUUUAAGGUAUCUGAUUACUGUCACAAUGGUCUCAUUACAAAAGGCUAGCAUUUGAGAAAUGUCUCAAACUUAAAGUUCAUGAAGGUUUGGCUGAAGUCUUGCUGGUCAGCAACCUAAUGUAACCCAACUGGAUUACUUAUUUCUUUCUUCAACACUUAUAAUUGAAGGUCCUCUCUUCCACUUUCCAGAAAAUUAUUUCUAAUUAGCGUCAAACUGGUAAAUGCUAAUUUUACAUCUGGCACAAUUUUGUUCAAUAUUGGAUCUCUGGAGCUCUUCUAUCCCUUGACUGGUAACUCAGGGAGUUGGUAGAAAUUUUUGUCUGCAAUAAUAAGGUUUCAUGAUCAGGUGAAUCUGACUUUGUACUUAAUUGAUGUUCCAGUAAUUUCACUUUUUCUAUGUUAUAGUGCCAAUCGUUUUUGUAUUUUAUUUUCAAACUGUAUGCAAUUGAUAUAUUCUUGUAUAUAAUGGAAAUGCCUCCAUGUAUAAAUUUUUGGUGUUAUAGAAGAUAUCAAAUCUACCAGCUAUUUUGAACUGAAAUAAGAAAUGUACUUGCAACAAUACCUCCAGGUUUUGGCAUCGAUAGUUUAUUUAGUCUGAUAAAACAUUAGAACGUUAGUCAAGGCUCUGAUAUUAAAGUUGGUGCAAGGCCCAAAACAAAUUUAGAUUGGUGAAUAGAUUAACAAUAAUUGAUUUUUGAAUUAUCACAACUUUACUGUAAAUGCGACAAUAUGAAUUAGUCAAAUGUAAAGAGUAGAAAUAAAUAAAUCAUUCAAACACAUAAGAAUACACGAUUUUUACGUGGAAAACCCCAAUGGAGAAAGACCAUGGUACCUAGUCAGGCUAGUCCAAACAAACUGAAUCCAGUACGAGAAAGAAGAUUACAACUAGGUUAGAGUUUCCCAAACCAAGAACCCCGGUUACCUCCUUGACACAGAUUGAUCCACCAAACCCUCCUCGAGUCUCCGGGUACACAAUCUACUUGUUAAUAGACUUCGGUCCUCACAAAUCUGAUUCUUGAACUAGUGAUUCAGUCUCAGCCACUGGUCAUCCUGGUUGCGUGUUUGUUUUGUAGAUUCAAUUAGAUGUUGAUGACUAUAUAAGCUCCACAAGAUGAUGAACAACACUCCGAAUAAUAACUCACUAUUUAAUGCAACAUGCUGGAUGAUGAAAAAAAAAUUGCUCUCUAUGUGAUCUCUCAAUAAUGUGUGUAGAGAUCUCUUUGUAUAUACUUUUUGUGUUAUGAGAGCAUAGAGGUCUUUUUAUAGUGAUUUGAUUCAUUCGUAAUUAGCGUUCUUAGUCAAAGUUGUCAAAAAAAUUUCGCACCUAGUUUGAUUGAUGGACAACUACUGUCCAAGAUUUGAUCGGUCGAGCACUCCAUCAAGCUAUUCUGAAUUUCAAUAUAGCUUUUUUUGGACCUUCUUGAUCGGUCAACACAUCGACCGCCUUACUAUUUUUUGUAAAAAUUUCUUGUUCAAAUAUAUUUAUUCCAAAUACAAUUUCAUGCAUUCAAAACAUGUUUUUAUGAAUUGAAUUGUGUAUGCAUUGUACCCUAAAAUGAGAAUGUAUGAUUAUGAACCCUAAUUGGCAAGUUAGUUUAUUUAAGAGGUGAUUUUACCUCUUUGCUCUUUGAUAUAUUUUCAAAUUUUAAUUCUGCUCUUGGAUAUAGGUACCACCACAAACUAACUAAACUUACUUUUGAAAAUCUAAUCAAAAGCUAAAACAUAAAGACUCCGGCUUUUGUAACGAAUUUUGCCAAGACUAAGUUCUAAUUCUAACAUGAUAAAUGUUAUGCACCUUAUGUACGAGGUUAUGGGUCUCACCUACUUGAAACUAGAAUGCUUUUUUAGAAAAAAGGGCUACUUAAAAAAUAGAAUAGAGACCAUAAGAAAUGGGAGGAAUUAAAAAAUUGUAAGCAACAGAGUUUAUGUAUGAGUGAUAUUUGCGUGAAAUUCAUCAAGCUUUAGAUUGCCUUUAUAUUAAUGCAUGGUUUAAAGAUGUGGUUUUCCUUCUAAUUUUCAAUAAUUGUGCAUGAAAUUCAAUAUUUUAAGAGAAAUUCUUUUAUGCUAUGGAAGUUUUGCAUGUGGAGGGCACUCCAUUGAGGCCCUCUUGGUAGAAUACUUUCUUUAAUCUUCAUGCCACAAUUGUGCUUUUGAACUUCUGGCAGUUUUUUUCAUGAAUGCAUGUUGGUAUUACUGAUUUCCUCUUCUGAUUCCAGAGCUUGAUUCAUUUCCUGCUUUGAGGGAGCCAUGGAACAUAGACACUUCUCCAACUCAUUCAAUAUGUCAGAGAUGGAUCAAGGUGUCAACCAAAAUCAUUCAACUGCAGAACAUACUUAUAUUCAUAUGGGAAGGGCUGUUGCUCCAGAAACUGGCUCUUAUGUUUAUCCAGUGGGCAAUAUGUUAAGGGGUGAAGUACACUGCGCUUCUAGGGGAAACUCAGAUAGCAGAGCAAAUGAGUCUUCCUCCUCAAGCUUCAGCAGAGAAGUACCACAAUUUCAACCAACUUUUUCAGGCCCUGUUUAUGAUUCCUUUCCACUCUCACCAGCUGCUGGAAACUUAUAUCGUGCACCUGAGAAUAAUGCUGGCCAUGCACAUUCUAGUUAUAACAACAGACACCCUAUUCAUGGAUUUGAGGGUAGUCUACUUGAUCCUGUAACCGGCACUGGAAGAAGGGCACUUAAAAGAAAAAGCCCAGGCAUUUCUAUGGCCUUUGAAGGAGGCAGCACAAGCAGAUUCUAUGAUGUAGGAAGUUCCUCUGGCUCUUCUGAGUUGUUGCAGGAAAUACCAACUUUAGAUCAUCAACGCAUUCUUCCAGGACCUAUCGGCUUACCUCAAUAUAGGGGUACUAGCCUCUCAAUUGCUGGUGAAGAGUCAUUGAGGAAUGUGAGAAGCCGAACCAGACUUGAUUUGGAAGCCAACCAUGUGAGAAGUCAUGUAUCAAGCUAUUCUUCUCAUCAUUACCAUUCAACAACCCAGCUAACAAAUAUUUCUGGGAUGGCAGACCUUACUAAUAUCAAUCCUGAUGAAAGGACUCACGAGUGGAAUUUUAUUCCUGUGUCUCAUGCUGCUCACGGAAGGAUUUCAACUUCAGAGACCAAUGGCUUUAGCCGUGCAACCAAUCAGUUUCUUGUGGGAGGAAGCACUGCAGAGACUGGUUGCUAUUACCAUGAUUCUGUUUCAGGUGGAAAUCCUGUUUUAUCUUCACAGUAUCUGCAUGGUCCCCACAUUCAGUCUGCAAGGGAAGACCAUACCUAUUAUCCUCAAAGAGCAACACCUUCGUACAGGACUGGUCCAAGCUACCCUUGCUUGGGACAUGAAACAGCUUCUUCAGAAAAUGGUUUGCAGUCACUCUCAGAAGUGUAUCCUUCCAGACAUUCAGGGCCAUCAUCUGCCAGAAUAUGGCACAACAGUUACAUUAAUGAAAGGUCUAGGAUAGUUACUGAGAGAUUCCAAUCAUUUCCUAGGGUUGCGGAUGCCUAUGGAAGAAUGGGACCCGAGGCUCUCAUGAUGGUGGAUCACCCAUCUUUUUAUGCUGGUUUCAGGGAUUUGUUUGAUCAACAUAGAGACAUGAGGCUAGACAUUGACAGCAUGAGUUUUGAGGAACUUCUUGCUUUAGGGGAAAGGAUAGGGAAUGUCAACACGGGUUUGUCUGAAGAUAUGAUUUUCAAGUGUUUGACAGAAAUAAUGUACUGUUCUUCAGAUGAUAAGCCUCAGGAAGGAACCUGCGUCAUCUGCCUCGAAGAGUACAAGAAAGAAGAGGAAGUUGGAAUCAUAAAGAAUUGUGGACAUAAUUACCAUGUGGGCUGCAUCAGAAAGUGGUUGUCGAUGAAGAAUGUCUGCCCCAUCUGCAAGGCUCCUGCUCUCGCGGAUUGUCCAACGGAGGAAUAAAGUCGGAUUCAUUUUGAAUGCAAGUUAAAUUUCUGUAUUUUUUGUGUGCAUAUAGUAGACAAACACCUGUGUUAAUGCACAAUAUUUAGAAUAAGAAAAACCUUAUAACAUUAUUUAAUUGCUUUAA